GACAAUUGAAACCUCUGUAUUUCACUGAUCUUUUCAUUCUCCUCUUCUCCCCCAACUCAAAUCUAUAUUAGGGUUUAUACUCAUUUUCUCUUUCUCUCUCAGUCAAAAUCCCUCCAAAUUUCUCAAAUUCUCUCUCUAUCUCCUCAAAUGGAUCCCACCAAGAAACGAAAACUCGAUGAAAAUGGUCUUUCAGAAUCGGAUCUACCCUUAAAACUAACCCCCGACGAUGUUCGCAAGAUCAUCGAAUCCUUCUCUCCCGACCAACUCCGUGAUAUCCUCCAAACCGCCGCCGUUUCCAACCCCGACGUCCUCCAAGCCGUCCGCGUCAUCGCUGACCGUGACGUCACCCAACGUAAGCUCUUCAUUCGCGGUCUUGGUUGGGAAACGACGUCGGAGAGUCUCCGCUCUGUUUUCGCCGCUUACGGCGAGCUCGAAGAAGCCGUCGUUAUUCUCGACAAGAACACUGCUAAGAGUAAAGGGUAUGGUUUCGUUACUUACAAGCAUAUAGACGGCGCCGUUUUGGCCCUUAAAGAACCCAGUAAGAAGAUUGAUGGGCGGGUUGCUGUGGCCCAAUUAGCCUCUGCUGGGCUUUCCGGCGGGCCCAAUGGGAACCCAACUGGGCCCACCCCUGAUGCGUCGUUGAGGAAGAUUUAUGUGGGUAAUGUGCCUCAUGAUAUGCCUGGGGAGAGGUUGUUGGCUCAUUUUUCGAGUUAUGGUGAGAUUGAGGAAGGCCCGUUGGGUUUCGAUAAGCAGACCGGGAAGUCGAAGGGGUUUGCUUUGUUUGUUUAUAAGACGCCUGAGGCGGCGCAGGCGUCGUUGAUGGAGCCUGUGAAGAAUAUUGAUGGGAGGCAGAUGGUUUGUAAGUUGGCUAGUGAAGGGAAGAAAGGGAAGAGUUUUGGUGGGGCUGGACAGGGUGGGCAGGGUCCUGUGGGUGAUGGGAUGGGAAUGCAGCCUGGCGGGCCGGUUCCUGGACCGUAUUCCGGUCCUGGAGGGCCGGGUGGGUAUCCGUCUUACGGCGGUGGAUAUAGUGGUGGGCCUGGGGGAGGGAUGGGACCUAAUCAGAUGAAUUCUGGAUAUCCAUCUUCUGUGGGAAGUCAGGGGCCUGGUGGGUAUGGUGGUAGUGGAGGGUAUGGUGGUGGUGGGGUAGGUGGAGGGUAUGGUGGUUCACAAUAUGGUGGACCGAAUUCAGGUGGUUACGGGGGAUAUGGUGGUGCAGGAAGUGGUUUGGGAGGGCCUGUUGGUGGGGCGGGUCGUGGGGGUUCGAUGUAUGGGAUGCCACCGAGUUCUGGUGGGAUGCCACCUGCUGGUGGUGGAGGGUAUUCGGAUGGUGGUCAUUAUGGUGGGUACCCAAGUCAGCAGCACCAACCUACAGGGACGUCUCCGGCUCCUAGAGGCCUACCUGCUGGUGCUGGAGGGUACCCUAAUGCACCGCCUUAUUACUAAGUUUUGCUGUUUUGUGUGUGCCUGCCUUGAUUUUGGUAUGUUGAGGUGUUUGAAAAGCUUAUUGGGCGCAGAUGAUUGUUAUGCUUCUGGUGAUUUCGUGAUUGCGUGAAUGCCGACAAUGUGAAGUCUGGCUUGAUGAAUUCAUUUGCUGUUACUUUUUGGUCGCCUCUUCAAUUGACCUGCGGCUUUUUAAGAUUUUGAUAUGUCAUCUUGGUGAUAGUCAAAUGUGACUGAGUUAGGAUAGAUAGUUUGUUCAGCGUUGUGCCAUCUGGACUUAAUUUUAGGUUUGUGGAGUUGGUUGGUAUUGUUUGUAGUAUUUGCUGUUGGAGUGGUAUUCUUUUUCUUGCUAUUUGAUGUUUUUAUUGAAGAUAAAAGUUAGUUGGCUGUUUGACUUAUAUUUGAUUUGGCAGUCUUAUUAUAUAUUUUGUGCUGUUCUUUAAAUUAUUAUUUGAUGUUGUGUGUUCUGGUGCUUAUCAUGAAUAAAAAGGAAUUUAUUACUUUA